GAUUGGCUAAGAGCAGCGCCUGCCGCCUUGCGAUUGGUCCGCUGUCAAAGUUGGCGUUCCGAGUGAGCGGGAGGAGGAGGAGAACUCUCAGGCGCCGAGUCGAAGCUGAUGUCAAGUUCGCCUUACUUCUUGUGCCUUAAUUUGAGACAAACAUAAUGACUGUUUCGCCUCGCAAAAAGUCGCUAGUCGUUGGCAGACUGCGGCCAUCCACAAAGUCUGCAAAAGAGUCUCCACCACAGGAUGAGUGGUUGGCUGCAGAGAGUUUCCAAUUCACAGAUUCCCCAUCCUUAAAUAGGAAGGCAGCAAACAGGAGAUCAGGAAGGUCAACUGGUACUUCAAAAAAUGUAACACAGCAGAAGAGGCGUCAGAGUGUGCUGCUAAAGAGAUUAGAUUUACCUCCUGAUGUAGUAAGCACAUCACCAAAUGUGCGACGAACAAGGAGACAGUCCAUGGGACACCUCCCCAGAAAGAAAGAGGUUUUGCAAGAAUCCACAAAAACCUCAAAGCUACCACGAGCAGUAUCGGAGAAAACUGUGAAAAAUAAAGCCUCCCAUUCCAAAUUACCACUACCUACAAAGAAAGAGAGCACAAAAACUGUGAAAGCUGAAGACAAGCAGGCAACGAAGACAGAAUCAGAAUCCAACGUGAUCAUUUCCCCCAAAAAUUUCUAUACCUCUCCAGAGAAGAAGUCCAAAGUUGUGCGGCGUAAAUCUUUUGGAAUGGCAGCCCUGGAAGAGAAUAUAAUCACAGAGACCAGAGCAAAGAGGAAAACAGAAGUGACUGCUUCUGUGAAGAAGACAGAGGAACCCCAGAACAAGAAGAGAAGAGGAAAAUCAUCUGUAUCCAACUUGGACGCCACCUCAGCAAGUCCACCUGCGGCAAAGGCAAAGAAGGCUAAGAAAUCAGAUGAAGCAGAAUCAGACACGAGCUCUUCUCCUGCACAUUUAAGAUCUCAAAAGUCCCCCUCGGCCAAGAAAUCGAAGAAGGCCGAACCGAAAAGUCCAUCCCCGGCCCCAAAGAAAGUUGAGUCACCUACUCCUUCGUCUGCCUCAAAGAAAUCCAAGCAAACAAAACUGGUAUCAUCAUCUAUCAAAAAGACAAAGAAGUCAAACACACCUACGACUUUUGUGCCCAAGACUCCAAAUAGACUGGGUAAUAUAACGCCAACUCGGUCACCGAAGGUUAGGCUUACCAGGUCUGUGGCAAGGAGCUCACAGCGAGUGCGACUUGUUGGAGUAAGCCCAUCACCAUCAACUACAGCUUUCAGAAAGACACCAAAGUCUAGCAAAAAAGAAGUUACCAUCUCUACAGAUAACUUGGGAUCAUCUCCUGCACUGUCUGCACGAUUGCAGCUGCAACUCAUGCGAUGCAAUUCACCAAUGAAGGAGAAGUAUAAGGCUUCUAGUACAAAAGUCAAGCCAUUCACUCCAAAACCAGAUCCUCCUCCCCGAAGCUUACUGAAGCAAAACAUGAAGAAGAAGGUGGCUAAAAAUAUAAAAGCCACAACUAAGGUUGAAGUACACAGACUGAUGGAUCCAGAAAUUAGCACCAAAACGAAGAUAACUAAAAAGGAAGAACAGAUAUUCAUUCCAGAUACACCAGUUUCAGUAACCAACCUUCCCCCAACACCGAAGUCUUCACGCAAAAGUCUUAGUUCUUCAGUUUCCAGAAGGGCUGCCCUCCGUACUACUGCUGAGAUUGUGCCAUGCCCUCACCUAUCAUCUCCAGAAACUCCACGAAGUAGCACACCAAUUGAUAAGGACGACAAGUUAGAUGACCUUGCUGUCGACCCAACGAUUUCAACCUUCAGCCAAGAAGAGGAAGAAGUAUCUGUUGUAGACUCUGCUAAAGAGGAGGAAGUUUCUGAGACUGAAGAGUCACCAGAAAAGACAAAACGAAGUUAUUGUACUCUUAUGUAAUCAGACAUACUGCUUUGUUACAAGUUUAAAAGCUUACUACUGGAUAGUAUGCUGCAGUGGAAAUAAUAUUGAUGGCACUUCAUUUUGCUUAAGUUUUUAUAGAUUCAAAUAUUCUAUUUUUUUAAUGACAUAUCUUUUCCACUUUGUAUUUGUUUUAGACAUUUAUGUCAAGAUUGAGAAAUUCAAAUUUCUCAUUUAUGAAUGUGGACUUGAUCAAUAGGCUUUGGUUUUAUCAUAAGCUUAUAUUUGAUUUUAGAUACCUAUCUCAUGUUGAUAGUUUUUGCAUUAUUAAGGUCUUCAUAUGUUACAUUUUUAGGAGAUAAAUUUUCAUAUUUUGAUUUUUUAGAAAAGUAGAGCAAACUGACAUUUGUAGCCUAAGAUUGUACAUUUAUUAAAACGUACAAAAUGUGUUGCCUUUGAACAACUGUUAUAUACAAGCAGGUUGUCUGCAAUAAAUGCCUUUGCAUAUAUUUGGAAAUAUGUCAGACAUUAUAUUUAAACCUAAAAUGUACCUGAAAAUCCUGUAAUUGUAUAUAGCAUUUAUAUACUGCCUGAUCAGUAAUUUUGAAUUAUUGAUAUUCCAUUGAUGACUGUAGUUUGUAAGGAAAUAAAUGUGUACAUAGAAAAAAAAAAAAAAAGCAAACUUUUACAACCCUGCACUAAUAUAAACAAAUGCAAUAUUAAUUGACUUAUCAUACAAUGGAGACUGAGGUCCACAGUUGGGGAUCUCCCCUAUUUUGGGCCUCAGCACUCAGCUCAACCAAUUCUGCAGUCUUUUCUUCCCCUUUCCUUUUCCUACUUUUCUCUGGCCCCUUCUUCUGUCCACUUCUUAAGAUAUGAGAGCUAUGUUAAAAGGACAAAAGGCAGGCUUUGGGUCUGUCCUGAACAGCCACAGAAAGCCAUGGACCAAGUCUUCCCUAUUUCACUAUCUAGCCCGAAGCCUGCCUUUUGUCCCUCAUGAAGAACCAGAGGGGUGAAUUAUUUCUCUUUCUCACUCCAGACUUACAAUGACCAAUAAUGAUUUUGUAUCUUUAUUAGAGGCAUUGAGGCUUGCUCUGCUGACAUUAUUUUUUCCAGUUCCUCAACCUCUGGCUCUCCUGUGAUCACUAUGAACAAUGCUCUUGCUAUCCCCUCCUUGAUACCUUUUGUCACCUUAGUCCAUUCAAAGACAGGUUAUUACCCAACCUCAAGAAAACAUUCCUUCCUUUCUCCCAACAUCAUCCACUCCAUCUCAUCCUACUUCAUUCAUACUCAUCUUAUCUUCAUUUUCAACAAAUUCCUUCCAUAUUACUACUCUUCUUCCACUCCUGUCCUCCCUGCAGUACUAUCUCACUCCACACCUCUCCCUCUUCCUCCUAUCCUUGUCCUUCAACUACUUGCACUAGUCUUUUUGAAGCCCCCUGGUAAGUGGGAUCAUUUUUUUUGUGAUUUGCCCUACCACCCCUUACUCUGACAGUAUCCUGUUCCAACAUUGUCUCCAAAAUCAAGUAGGCAAAGUUUCGUUAUGCAGCCUUCCUGAUCAUCCACAUCGUCACAGUUCCAUCCUAAUCCCAAGCUCAUACUCUAUCUUUUCUGACUGACCUUACUGGCAAAAUCUAUUCCUGCUAAGCCUUAUUUCUUCCUUAAUAUUUGUACCAGAACUGUUUCCUCCACUUUGGUUGAUUGCCCUGUCUGCCAGGGAUUGGUCAGACUGAAAAUGACCUGCUUGCCAGCCUAAUUGAUUGAUGAUGUAUCAGCACACUAUUCCUCCCAGAGGCUGCCAAAAGUCCACCAAUAUUGCCAUGAUUACUCUCCAUAAACUUCACCUCCCCCAGGACCUUUGAUGUCUAUCACAUUUACUUUGCUUUGUAACUAUUAACAAUUAACUUCAUAUCUCAGUGUAUUUCCAGUAUAAAAUGCUUUAUAUGAUCCUGCCACUAAGCAAAACCCCAAUUCAAGGUUUGAAUGUAAAGCCGUCUACGAAAUGGGUAGAUUGUCAAGGUAUACCCACAACUCUUGUUCUCAAAGCCCAGUGGAGGAGUAACCAAAUGUGACUGGCAGUAAAAAAUACUACUAGUAGGUAUUUGAGUGUAGUAUAAUCACUGUCUGGCAAUUUUGCUUGAACAUGGGCCUGUCAAAGUUACUUGAUGUUGAACUUUGCUGCUCCUGCUUGGUGAGCUUAUGAGUAGUUAUUUAGCCACAGCUGAUGGAAAUCCUGAAAUUAUGCAGGUAUUCUUGCUAAAAAAUCAUCAAAUGUCUUUCAAAAGUCUAAACAUGAUCCUGUACACUGACUGAUGAUCUUAUAAUCCCUAUUGCAAAAUUGGAAAGUAUACACAUCCAGAAUACAUUGUCUCCGUUGAAUGAAACCAUAUAUUCUACCAAGUCAUGAUGUGUUUAUGCUCAUUCCUAUUGCAAAAUUGGAAAGUAUACACAUCCAGAAUACAUUGUCUCCGUUGAAUGAAACCAUAUAUUCUACCAAGUCAUGAUGUGUUUAUGCUCAUUCUGCAGUCUAUGAUUCUGUUACACUUGAAGCAUAGUGAAAGAAGUCUACUGGUACCUACUGCUUAGGGCACAAGACAGACAAACUCUUUUAUCAGGAGUGUUCUCUUAUUUAUUUGUUUCUAACUAUUUUCUUUCCUUUAAAUAUUUUCAAAUUUAGUUUUGUUCAGUUAACUAAAAUUGAGUGCUCUUGAGUUGGUAGGGGGGACUCACCUCUUAAAUAUUUCUUUUUCAUUUUUGAUGGGCAGCAAACCACAAUGUUGCUAUAUACAUAUAAAAAUCAGCUAAUUAUGAUAGAUUUAACCUGAUCUACAAAAAGUGUAUUACAAUAAAAAAAAGUUACAGGAUACCAAAAACAUAGACCCUGAAAGGGAGAACAAACAGUUCAUUCUGACAAAUGCAAUAAAAGGUAUAAAUGGGGAUGAAUAACUUUGCAAUGCAAGAGAUGCAACUACAUGUAAUUUUUUCCUUUGAUCUAGAAUGAAUAUACUGAUAUAAAUUUGUACAUAAACUUG